GUGAUUGGUCCACGUGUGUCACAUGACUCGUCAGAGCGGAAGUGGAGGACUGGGCCGCAGAGCGAAGGGAAAGCAGCAGCCUCAGGAUGCAGAGCACCACUAACUACCUGUGGCUGAUCUCAGACCUGCUGGGUCAGGGAGCCACGGCCAACGUGUACCGGGGUCGACACAAGAAAACCGGCGACCUGUACGCCGUCAAGGUUUUCAACAACCUGAGCUUCCUGCGGCCGCUGGACGUGCAGAUGAGAGAGUUCGAGGUUCUGAAGAAACUCAACCACAAGAACAUCGUGAAGCUCUUCGCGGUGGAGGAAGAGUCGAACACGCGGCACAAGGUGCUGGUGAUGGAGUACUGUCCCUGUGGAAGUCUCUACACCGUGCUGGAGGAGUCCUCCAACGCCUACGGGCUGCCGGAGGACGAGUUCCUCAUCGUCCUGCACGAUGUCGUGGCUGGGAUGAACCACCUGAGAGAAUACGGCAUCGUUCAUCGAGACAUCAAACCAGGAAACAUCAUGAGGGUGAUCGGGGAGGACGGCUGCUCCGUGUACAAGCUGACGGACUUCGGGGCGGCGAGGGAGCUGGAGGACGACGAGCAGUUUGUGUCUCUGUACGGGACCGAGGAAUAUCUGCAUCCCGACAUGUACGAGCGCGCCGUGCUGAGGAAAGAUCACCAGAAGAAGUACGGAGCCACCGUGGAUCUGUGGAGCAUCGGCGUCACCUUCUACCACGCCGCCACCGGCAGCCUCCCCUUCAGGCCGUUCGAGGGGCCGCGCAGGAACAAGGAAGUGAUGUAUAAAAUCAUCACAGAGAAACCGUCCGGGACCAUCUCCGGUCACCAGAAGUCUGAGAACGGGAAGAUCGAGUGGAGCACGGAGAUGCCGGUGUCCUGCAGUCUGUCCAAGGGUCUGCAGAGCCUCCUGACUCCGGUUCUCGCCAACAUCCUGGAGGCCGAUCAGGAGAAGUGUUGGGGCUUCGACCAGUUCUUCGCCGAGACCAACGACAUCCUGCACAGAGCCGUGGUCUGUGUGUUCAGUCUGCAGCAGGCCACGCUGCAUCGCCUCUACAUCCACGAAUACAACACGGCGGCGCUGUUCCAGGAGCUGAUGUCCCGCAGGACGAACAUCCCGCUCCACAACCAGGAGCUGCUGUACGAGGGACGCCACCUGGUCCUGGACCCGAACCGCCAGGCCAAGAACUUCCCCAAGACGUCCAGAGAGAAUCCCAUCAUGCUCGUCAGCCGCGAGUCCGUCGCCACCGUGGGACUCAUCUUUGAAGACCCGAGUCCUCCUAAAGUCCAGCCCCGCUACGACCUGGACCUGGACGCCAGCUACGCAAAGACGUUUGCAGGCGACGUGGGACACUUGUGGAAAACCUCCGAGUCGCUGCUGGUUUAUCAGGAGCUGGUGAGGAAAGGAGUUCGAGGGUUGAAUGAGCUGAUGAAGGAGGACUACAGUGAGAUCCAACACAAGAAGUCUGAGGUUUUCCAUCUUUGUAACUACUGCACAAAGAUACUGGAGAGAACUGAGCAGCUGUUCGAGGUGCUGAUGCAGGCAAACCUUCUGUCGUCGGAAUACGAUGAGAUCUCAGAUAUGCACAAGAAAAUCGUCAGAAUCUCUGGAACUUUGGAGCCGAUCGAACGAACCACACAAGACAUCAAGAGUAAGUUUGUCCCCGGAGGCCUCCUGACGGACAGCUGGACGCAGCAGGUGGGGACGCACCCCAAAGACAGGAAUGUGGAGAAAAUCAAAGUGCUGCUGGACGCCAUCACGGCGAUUUAUCACCAGUUCAAGAAGGACAAGGCAGAAAGACGUUUGCCGUACAACGAGGAGCAGAUCCACAAGUUUGAUAAGUAAGGUUCAUUUAAACAGAUGUAACUCUGGGCUUUUAUUGUGAAGGUCUGACUGUGUGUCUCUCAGACAGAAGCUGGUUCUUCAUGCCAGUAAAGCUUUUAUUGUGAAGGUCUGACUGUGUGUCUCUCAGACAGAAGCUGGUUCUUCAUGCCAGUAAAGCUUUUAUUGUGAAGGUCUGACUGUGUGUCUCUCAGACAGAAGCUGGUUCUUCAUGCCAGUAAAGCUUUUAUUGUGAAGGUCUGACUGUGUGUCUCUCAGACAGAAGCUGGUUCUUCAUGCCAGUAAAGCUUUUAUUGUGAAGGUCUGACUGUGUGUCUCUCAGACAGAAGCUGGUUCUUCAUGCCAGUAAAGCUUUUAUUGUGAAGGUCUGACUGUGUGUCUCUCAGACAGAAGCUGGUUCUUCAUGCCAGUAAAGCUUUUAUUGUGAAGGUCUGACUGUGUGUCUCUCAGACAGAAGCUGGUUCUUCAUGCCAGUAAAGCUUUUAUUGUGAAGGUCUGACUGUGUGUCUCUCAGACAGAAGCUGGUUCUUCAUGCCAGUAAAGCUUUUAUUGUGAAGGUCUGACUGUGUGUCUCUCAGGCAGAAGCUGGUUCUUCAUGCCAGUAAAGCUUUUAUUGUGAAGGUCUGACUGUGUGUCUCUCAGGCAGAAGCUGGUUCUUCAUGCCAGUAAAGCUUUUAUUGUGAAGGUCUGACUGUGUGUCUCUCAGGCAGAAGCUGGUUCUUCAUGCCAGUAAAGCUUUUAUUGUGAAGGUCUGACUGUGUGUCUCUCAGGCAGAAGCUGGUUCUUCAUGCCAGUAAAGCUUUUAUUGUGAAGGUCUGACUGUGUGUCUCUCAGACAGAAGCUGGUUCUUCAUGCCAGUAAAGCUUUUAUUGUGAAGGUCUGACUGUGUGUCUCUCAGGCAGAAGCUGGUUCUUCAUGCCAGUAAAGCUUUUAUUGUGAAGGUCUGACUGUGUGUCUCUCAGGCAGAAGCUGGUUCUUCAUGCCAGUAAAGCUUUUAUUGUGAAGGUCUGACUGUGUGUCUCUCAGACAGAAGCUGGUUCUUCAUGCCAGUAAAGCUUUUAUUGUGAAGGUCUGACUGUGUGUCUCUCAGACAGAAGCUGGUUCUUCAUGCCAGUAAAGCUUUUAUUGUGAAGGUCUGACUGUGUGUCUCUCAGACAGAAGCUGGUUCUUCAUGCCAGUAAAGCUUUUAUUGUGAAGGUCUGACUGUGUGUCUCUCAGACAGAAGCUGGUUCUUCAUGCCAGUAAAGCUUUUAUUGUGAAGGUCUGACUGUGUGUCUCUCAGACAGAAGCUGGUUCUUCAUGCCAGUAAAGCUUUUAUUGUGAAGGUCUGACUGUGUGUCUCUCAGACAGAAGCUGGUUCUUCAUGCCAGUAAAGCUUUUA